AACAAGUCUAAAUUGAAUAGACUUCUCAGUAUCAUGGCGACGUUUAAAGCCUUCGUAUUAUAAUAAAAUUUUCGUUGUUGAAGCGUUCAACGGUUCGGUGCUGCGCUUGAAGUAAACAGUCAACAGUUUUGUGAUUUUUAUGCCAAAAAUUUAUAAUUAUAUGUAUAUAUGUAUGUAUAUAUAAGUAAAUGAGAGCAUUAAAAAUGUUCCAACAAGUUUUGUCUACAAAACUGAAAUAAAACGAAACAACAACAGCAGCAACAACAAAAGAAACAAGUGCAUAGUGCCAAGCUUCACUUAUGCCAAUAUGUGCAAAGUUGAACUGGGGCGAGAGGUGUAUGUUAAAGUUGUCAUAUAUAAUAUAAAACAAGUUAUGGGCCAAUUAUCCAGCCAUCACGACAAAAGAAACAAUGAGAAUCGCCUGUCGACCGCCACACAUUUCAGCAAUCGCAGUCAUUCCAUACGCAAGUCGAAGGUGCACAACAACAGUCAUUCCACCUUGGAACCGCCAACGGCAACAGGCGAGGACUCGUCGCUGUUGCGCGUUGGCAAUCCGCGCCUCAAAGGUCUCGCCAAUGGCCGGCCAGUUACGAUUAGUGAGAUUGGCAAGCGCAUAGAUUUAAAUACCAGUGAUAUAUUCAGUAGUAAAGACAAAGACGCGAGUAGUAUUGGCGGUGUUGGCGGUGGCAUUGGCAGCGGUGAUGACGCCAAUGACACAUGGUCCAACAGCAACUUGUUGACGACAACAGUGCCUGCAACCGCUACACCACCGUACGCCACAACACCAAUACCGUCAACGGAGAAUGUAACGGCGAGCGCUACGGUCACAGAUGGCGGCAGCGCAUCCAAGAACAAGACGUCAGGGCAUUUAACCAUCGCCGAUAGAUAUCACAAAACAAACAAUUGUUAUUAUCGCAGUCCGAAUGGAAAUUUCCAUAAAUUACCGUCCGAUUCAUACCACAAAAUGACGGAUGGCUGUUAUGUGCGCGCUGCCGAUGGCACAUUUCGACGCAUUGAGCCGCCAAGUAGUAGUCUCAUCAAUGGCGGUUCGAAUGGCGGCAAAUUGCAUCAACGCGGCGAUGCUAGCGGCAGUUCGACGCGUAUAAAAAAUCAUAUGUUACGUUUUUUGAAACGUUCCAAAAGUCAUACGCCCGCUACAUUGAAGGAAUUGGACAAGGAACGAGGGAAGGAUAAAGAAUUGAAAUCGAGUCGUGGACGUAAGGCGCGUUUUCCAUCAACAAUACAAGAGAAUAGCCCAACCACACUACCGGGUGGUGGCAAAACACCUAGUGGCAGCAAUAUAACGGCGGGUAGUCGUAACAAUAAAGUUGUUGUAACCAUGAUGGAAGGUGGCGGUUUGCCAAUAAUAGCUACCAGCAAAGCGGAACGUUCCAAAAAUAAAGAUUCUUCAGCGUCGAACACGGCGGAUGGCACGCGCAGUGGGCGUUCAAGGAUGUUUCAGCUACCCAUCCUAAUUCCUAAAAUACUUUUAAGCGAAUGCAAAAAAAAACUAUUUGUUAUUUACAUACAUAAACUUAUGCAUAUUUUUUAUUAAUGAAAACAAAAUUAGCUGUAUAAUUUCGCAUGUAUGAUAGUGCUAUGCAUUUUGUGCCGUGCAAUUAUUUUGGCAAAAAAAAAUGUUUACUAUAUAUAAUUUGUAAAGAACAUGCUUAGCUCUAAAAAAGUCAAAUUUGCACCCAAAAAAUCUUAUUACUGAAUUAACUGCAGCGCAAUGGAUCUUUGUAGAAUACUCAGUAUACAAAAUUAUAGCAUAUACAUACGUUUAAAAGUAAUUUUCUUGUAAGAAUUUACGAAUGAGGCGCAACAAAUAGCAGUGUGCACCACCAUCUAUAUUUCUAUCUAUAUUUCUUUCUACGAGUAUCACAGGUAGCUCAUUUUAAACCUGCAGAUGCUUUUUCAAUUACCCCUGAAAAUUUUCCUUCACAAAACAACAAGCUUGCAUCUGCGCAGGCUUAGCAUUCGAUAUACAUACAUACAUAUGUAUAUAUAAUUAGUUAAUUACUAAUUUGAAGUGCCAAACCCGUUAUAAACUGACUCCAAUCAUCUACGUUUUGAUUUUCUCCAAUUAUGUCACUCAGGCGGUGAAACUAAUAACAAUUUUGUUGAAAAAUGUGCACAGCAGCGAUUGCUUUCACAGUUUAGAAGAAAUUGAUGAUUAAUAUCUGUUCUGAGUCAUUAGUUUUCCACGAAUUUUUAACAAAUGUAUUCUUCCAAACACAGUACCUGUGUUUCUUUUGAAUAUUUUGAUUUUAAGAUCGAUUAUCGCACGUUUAUUUUAUUCAAUUUUUAAAUGGCUAAAAUCUAUAUAGAUCUAUUGUGUUGCUCACAUAUACAUACAUAUAUACCGUAUAAGCAUAUACAUAUGUAUCUGUAUUUAAUGGGUAGAUUGCGCGAUUUUCCCUUUAAACGGUUACAAAUGCAAUUUUUUUAUCAGAGUAAUGAGCUAGAUAUGAAUUCGCACACGUGAGAUAAUGAAGUGGCACGCAUAUUAAAGUCGUUUGUCAAUUAUUAUUUUCUUUUAAUAUCAAUUUUUUUUUAUUUUUUUAACCGUUAGCGCUAAAUCUUUAUUUGCUAAUUUUAAAUGAAACGUAUUUGUGCAUUCAAAGGCAUUAUGCUAUUAAAAACAUUUGUCUAAUAGAAUACUAACAUCGCAAGCUGUUUGUAAUUUGAUUGUAUAAUUACUUUUUUAUACACUUAUAUAUAAUUUCCUUUUUUUUAUCGUUUUUAAUAUCCCAUUCAACAUAAGCUGUUUUAACAAAAACACCCACAGAUACGUAUAGGCUUUUGUAUGUAUAUGUUCUAAUUAUAAGGUAGUUAUUAAGCUUGUCUUUAUUCUAUUUAGCUAAUAAGGUUGUAAGAACACCGAACACCAGUAAACUUUUGUAAGAGCGUGCUUUAAACGUGCAGAUCAUGAGUUAUCAGAAUACUGUAUAUUUUUUUUCCAUUCACACACUGCAUAUUAACAAAGAAAGUUUUUAUUGUUUUUUUUUAUUUUUACUUUUUGUAUAAAAAUAUAGAAAAAUAGUAAUAAAUUAAGAAAACGUGAAGCACACAAUCAGCAAAACAUUCAUGAGUAAUAUUAACCUUAUCUCUAAACAAUAAAAUGGCUGCUAGUUCAAUAUAGUAUAAGGAACAGAAAUUAACGUUCGUACGUACAAGGAAAUAUACAUACAAACAUGCCUAAAUGAAUUAUUCACAUGUGUGAAACGUUUCCUAACUUCAGUUUCAUUUUAUUUCUAUUUUUGUGCUAUUUACAUAUUAAUAUCUGGGACUUGUUGCACAAAUUACUUUUUUCUUUUGCUCGCGCGUGUCUCCAAAACUUGUUUCUAGUCAAUACUCAUACCCACACAUUUAUAUAUUCCUCUAAUAAUAUAUAUUUAUAUGCCAUCCAAUAUAUUUAGAAUAGCGUUCACGCACGCACGCACGAUUUACUAUUUAAAUACAAAUGUGUGAACUUAAAAUUUAUAAAAUGAACAGCUGUUUUUUGUUUAUGCUACAAACCUAGUGUUGCCACUCAUGCACAUCGAUUUAUGAUUAGAUUUAAAAGCAAAAGCUUGCAGUAGCCAAUAUUGAGCAGAUACUUCAAAAAUGGCAAAAACAAAGCGUACAAUUAAUACUGCAAUAUUGUGAGUGGUCACGUGAAAUGCAAAGUAAGCGACCUUGAAUAGAAAUUUUCCAUAUGCGCAUAUACAUAUAUAUACAUAUAUUUACUAUAUUUACGUCCAGGCAUACGCAUAUAUUUAUUACGUAUAUGACGAACUGAUAACUAGAACACAGCGUCGUUCUAAUUGCAUAAAUUUUUCAGUUUUCUAAAUAUAAUUGUAUUUUGGUUUAUAUAUGUCAUGCAUUUAUUUUUACUAUACCUCAUGUUUUUGGUGACGGCCAAACGUCAAACCAAUGCGUAAUGUUUUAUUAAAAGAGCAACAGUGUAUAUACAUAGAUUAUGGGUUAUUUAAUUAGGUUAAAUUCUUUUGUGAAUUGAUUUUUCGCUACAAUUUAUGUAUAUUUGUUUUAAAAGUAAUUAUUUAAAUUAAGCGUAUUGGAAGUCUAUAUACACAUAAAAUUAUCAAAGUUGACAUAUCGCUGAUAGAAUGCCUUCAAAAAUUUUUCGCACAAUGCAAUUAUCUUCAGAAAAAAGCUCAAAAUGAAUAUUAAAAUGUCGAAAAAAGCUUAAAUCGGAACAUUUUAAUACAUAAAUACAUACUAUUUCAUUAAAUUCAAAGAUAAUGUUAUCAAAAUAUUGGCAUAGGUAUACAUAAGUGACGAGUGCGAGAAAAUUCAUUAAUUUCCUAAACUCAUUUUUGCUAAUUUAUUGCUGUGUGUGUUAC